GUAAACCCCCUCCCUCGUCUGAUUUUCAAGCCACGAGGUGAGCGAACGAGCGUCGAUCCACCCGGAUUCAGAUGCCCGUUGAACUUUCCUUCCGCGCACACCGUAUCCUCAGCUCCCCAAAAACCAAAACAAACCGGCAAAAAAUAUUCCAACAUCACAUAACAAGUCCUACUAAUAUAACAAAUAAAACUUUGUUUGUAGAUUCAUGCAGAAGCCAGUCGUUCGGUUAAAUCCUCCCCCAAAUUGCUUGACACGACUAAACUAAAUCUCCGAUAAAAAAAUCCAAAAUAAUGAACAAAGUGAUGAUAAACGAUUUAAAAUUUUAAUGACUUGACAUACAAUAUGAUUAAGUUAUAUCCCAAGUGAAAAAAGAGAAUUCUUAACGAGUGCGAAACGUGGAAUUUGAUGACGUGCUGGAAGAAACGAUAUACCUAGAGAAUGUGAGAAGUUGAGAAGUUGGAAUUGAAUCAGUUGUGAACAGAAAGACCUUGUGAGAGCAUCAGAAAAUCAUUCUUACUAAUUAUAACUGUUAAUUAGCCACCUGGGGGAGAAAAAUGUCGACGACAAAGGCUAAUCCUCGACCCUCAUCCCCUAGGAGAUUUUUUGCGCGUUUGUACGGACACUUGGAGACCAAAGAAGAGGUCCAGAAGCUGGGGAAAGGAAAGAACAUCGACGACAAGAGCCCUGAGGAUCUCUCGGUGGAGAGACGUCGGGAUGAAUCCCAAGAGAAAAAGAGUCUUGGGGAUGACGACAAAAGAGAGGAUGUCAAAUCACUGACGGCCGAAAGUAUCGGCAUCCCCUUCCUGCCACACGGAUUUUUCCCCGGAAGUGGAGGACCUCCCCUUCACCUGACGCCUACCGGCCAUCCCGUAACUCUGCCACCUCAUCUCCAUGGAAUCGCUGGACAUCCGGCCUCUGAACACUUUCACGGUUUCUCAGCAGCAUUUCUCGCCAGAAGAAGAAGAAGAGAGGGAAAACCCAGAAGACAGAGAACAACAUUCUCCGGUGAACAAACAGCGAGACUAGAAUUUGAGUACCACAGGGGCGAAUACAUUUCCCGAGGUCGAAGAUUCGAAUUGGCUUCAUCAUUGAGGCUCACCGAGACCCAGAUAAAAAUCUGGUUUCAAAAUCGAAGGGCCAAGGACAAACGAAUCGAGAAGGCGCAGCUGGAUCAGCAGUACAGGAAUUUUGCUGUUUCCAGCGGUCUCGUCAACUUCCCAGUGUACAACAAUUCCUUCUGCAGCUUAUGUUUCUACAAAGACGGUGGCCGAGGAAUAGUGGGGCCGCACACCUGCAUUCCCUAUCGCCCUGACCCUACAGAAACGAGGAGUGAAACCCACCAGAGCAGCAGUGCCAGCAGCAACAGCAGUGAGACAUCUGAAAAUCCACCCCUCGCUAUGUCGCCAGUCUAAAUCCACCCAAUGAUUUAUUCCUCCCACGAUCUCCCCACGUCUCAACCAAAGACAAUUUUUUAAUCUCUAUCAUACAUUUAUUUUAUCUUACUAGGAAUCAGCGAAUGGAUGUCAAAGGAUUUAUCUAAUAAAUGAAAUAAAUCACAUUUGAUUACUGA